GUGCCGUCAAGUUGAGUGGAUUUCAUAACAGAAGCAAUUUAGUCAGGUCACUCCAUUUUGUAGCUAAAGAGGUAGCCACAAGAGAUAGGUCGAUAAAGUACAUGCACACCUCGCUAUAAUAUACCAAGAAGUACCUUGGCAAGUGAAAGAUUUUGUCAUCCGUUGAACAGAUAAAACAGAAGUACAAUGGGUCUACUCACUGAAGGAACUGCUUUAUCCUGGGAGGAGACCAAAAAACAAGCUGACCAUGUUCGAAAGCAUGGUAUUCAGCAAUUUCUUUAUCAGUAUCAUAAAUUAAAAGAUUUAUGUAAUGAAUGUCUGUAUUGGGGAGAUGAGGUGGAAUAUAUGUUAGUGAAACUAGAUAGAGCUAAUAAACAAUGUCGUUUGGUGUUAAAAGCUCAACAGGUGUUGAAAAAACUACAAAAACGGGAACAAGAAUUUCCCAAUGAUCAUCCAUCAACAUGGAGACCAGAGUAUGCUGAGUAUAUGGUGGAAGGUACACCAGGUAAACCGUAUGGUGGUCUAAUGGCCCAUUUUAAUCUGGUGGAAGCAAAUAUGAAAUUAAGACGAGAAGAAAUCCAGAACUGUCUAGGUGCCAAUGAGGUUCCAUUAUCGUUAACUGUUUUUCCUAGAAUUGGAGCUGGAAUCUUCACAGAACCUGCCCUAAAACCAACCCCACAAAAGGGUUAUUCUCAAUCUCUAUUCUUUCCUGAUGGAGCAAUAAACCAGGGACAUCCUAGAUUUCAUACAUUAACCAGAAAUAUACGUGAAAGAAGAGGGAAAAAAGUAGCCAUUCAAAUACCUGUGUUUAAAGAUGAAAAUACCCAGUCCCCAUUUGUAGAAGAUUUAAGUCAAUAUGGUGAUGAUGGUACAUCACAGAAUGCAGCUUUACCAGAUCAUGUCUAUUUAGAUUGUAUGGGGUUUGGUAUGGGUGCAUCGUGUCUACAAGUUACUUUUCAAGCUUGUAAUAUAAAUGAAGGGAGAGAACUUUAUGACCAACUAGCACCUCUUUGUCCUAUACUGUUAGCAUUAAGUGCUGCAUCACCAGUAUAUAGAGGAUAUUUAACAGAUAUAGAUAACCGAUGGACUGUGAUAGCUCAAUCUGUUGAUGAUAGAACAGAUGAAGAACGUGGAUUAAAGCCUUUGAAAGAAAAUCGCUUCAGAAUAAAUAAAUCCCGUUAUGAUUCUAUUAGUAGUUAUUUAUCACCUCAAGGUCGUUGCUAUAACGAUAUACCACUUACGUAUGAUAAAGAAAUCUUUGAAGAAUUGAAAAAGGGAGGCGUAGAUGAUCUACUGUCUCGUCAUGUAGCUCAUUUAUUUAUCCGGGAUCCCAUCUCUCUAUUUAGUGAAAAGAUACAGCAAAAUGAUGAAGAAGAUACCGACCAUUUUGAGAAUAUUCAAUCAACUAACUGGCAGACAAUGAGGUUUAAACCUCCACCACCAAACUCUACUAUUGGAUGGCGUGUAGAGUUCCGACCAAUGGAAGUUCAGUUGUCCGAUUUUGAAAAUGCUGCUUAUGUGACAUUUAUUGUUUUACUUACUAGAGUCAUUCUUUCAUACAGGCUCAAUUUUAUUAUACCUAUAUCUAAGGUUGAUGAAAAUAUGAAAACUGCCUUCAAACCUGAUGCUGCCCUUUCAGGAAAAUUUUAUUUUAAAAAAGAUGUUUUCACAGAGUCAACUCCACCUGAAGCGACGGAAUGUUGUGAAACUAUGAUGUGUUGUAGUAAGAAGAAAUGUGAGAAAAUUGAUGAUGAAUAUACACUUAUGACUAUAGAUGAAAUAUUUCACGGAAAGGCUGAUUUUCCUGGAUUAAUACCACUGAUAAAACAAUAUAUAUCUAAUAUAGAGUGUGAUGUCGAUACACAAUGUACUGUUCUACAGUAUCUUAAUCUCAUCUCUAAACGAGCUUCAGGGGAGUUGAACACUACAGCAAGAUGGAUACGCAAUUUUGUCACAGCUCAUCCAGAUUAUAAAAAAGAUUCUGUUGUGUCGGAAACUAUCUGCUUCGAUCUCAUGGAAAAAUGCGAAAAAAUCAGCAAAAAUGAAAUUGAAGUACCUGAGUUGAUCAUUCCUCACACAACAAAAACUGUUGACAACAUUCCAGAUGCAAUCCGUACACUUUAUAAGAACCUGGAAAAGAAAAAAGGUCAAACAGCCAAUGGCCAUUAAGUUUACAUUUAUGUAGCUACAUUAAACUAAUCAACAUUAUUUUAUGAAUCUAAAUAUGAAAUUUGAGUACUGUAAAACAAGAAAUUAAUCAGACUCAACACCCCAUUGUUAUAUAUAACUUUUGACGCGUCAGCAAAUAAGAAUUUUGAAAUUUAUAUACUAUGUUUUAUUGGCAUUUGGAAAGUCAAAAUGUGGCCACAGAGAUUUUUCUGGGUAUAGUCGGACAACCUUUAAUCAAAAAUUAAUUCAACAAUGAAUAUUCAUAUAUAUAAUUUUUCUUUUAAUAUGGAAUCGUCCCUAUUGACAUUCCUUCUAGUGAUUUUAAAACUUGAGUAACAUCCACUGCCAGAGCCAGUAUGAAAGUUAGGCCAUACAAAAAAAAAAUUCUGUAGUCCUUACCAAAAAUCUAAUGUGGAAGUGAGGUUUUCAUUUUCGAGUAUCUAUUUUGUCAAAUGAUCAUUACUGGGCUAAAUGAUUUAACAUUAACAUCACAUUUCAAGACAUUACAUUUAUCCCAUCAUGUUGUUUAUGGGAAUGCAUGAUCACCCAGUAUCAUUUAUGAUUGUCAGUAUAAACAUUUAUAAGGAUUGCAUACUUGAUAAAUGAGCCUACGGCACAUUUCUGGAUUCAUUCAGAUUUUUUUAUAGAUUAACUUCCUGUAACUGGGCUAAAACAUUUAUGUUCGGUAAUUAAUGACACUGUUUUAUUUUUUAUUUUUAAAAAUAAAAACAGGUCAUGCAGUUGUUUUUAAGAUUAUCUGAGAAACAGGAUAUUUUUUUAUGCAGCCUUAAUGUCUUCUAUGAAAGAUAGUAAUAUACAUUUCUGUUCUCCAGUACAACGGAAUUAGCCGCGGUGGCUUUGUGAGUAAGGCACUGGCUCACUAGCCUGGAGAUUUCAGGUUCACUCCCAGUGUUGGCCAACAAAGAUCCCCAGGAAUUUCCGGAAAGGUUUCCCCUUGUCAAGCCUGCCAAGACGGUGUCUAGUGGCACGAAUGAGACAAAAAACUGAGGUCCCAUGUAUACAUUCGGGCGCACAUAACCCUUGACAGUUGGAAUUUGAUAUAAGAGUAGGUCAUAGCGUCGUCCUCCGGGCACAAUUGCCCAUCAUUAGCCCAGUUCACUUUGCCUUUGAAUUUCAAGAAAUACCAUGGACUAUCAUUUGAAAGAUAUUUACCUGGAGAUUAAUUAGGUUGUCGAGUACAACCUAAUUUAAUUUGAAAAUAUUAAAUUUAUAUGACUGAAUGUCAUUGGUAAAUACAAUACAUAGAAUAAGAAAGAAAUUCCAUCUGGUCAAAAGAAAGUUUGGCACAUGAUAAUCUGUACCUUGACAAAAGUCACGGCUUGUUGUUAUAUUUCUUGUUUUACAGUAUUAGUUAGAUCUACCUCUCGUAAGAUUAUAAAGUGUCUAAACAUAUUAUUGCAUGAUAAAUUUCAUUAAUAAAUGAUUAUCCCACAUCCCUCAAAUGAGAAACCCCCAAGUCACGAGGAUUAAAAUUAUCUAAAUUUUGAAAGCUUGUUUUAUGAUGUUGCCUUGGUUAAGUAUAGUAAAAAUAGUUCAUAUGCACAUAUUGAAGUAAGGAUACAAGCUUAAAGAUGCAUUUUGUAAAUCUGCCUAUUGUCGGUCUUUUAUUUUGGCGUCAAAUGUUAAAUAAAUUAUUAAUUAGGCAUUUAUUCACAUUACCAAGCCCAAAAUGUUCAAUAUAUUAAUUUUUCAUUAUCGAUUUUUGAUCUAUCAAGAACAGCCAGCUCGUUUUCCUAAAUCAUACAUAAUGCAUCUUUAAAAUAUUACUAAAAGUAAAAAAAAAACCUAAUUAUUUUAGUUAGAUUUUAUUUUAAAAAAUUCAGCAAGGUAGAAUGAAGAGUAUAUUUUUAAAUAGAUACUUGAGAUGAUCUUUUUUUGAAAAGUGCUAAUUUUGGAAUAGUAUUAGUUUAACAUUAUUUAUAGAUUUUUAUAGAUUUCAUUAACUACACAAAUUACCAAAAUUCUGAAAAUAUAUAUAUUUGUUAUCAUAUGCUUUAACUACACAGUUACAUUUUCAUUGAGUUUUAGACUGGUCAUUUAAUCAUUGAUUACUUGAAUAUACCACCAAACUGUGGUCAAUUUGUAUUACAUGUACCAGUACAUUUAGUGCAGGGUAAAAUUAAUGUAACAAAAAAGAUCUGUAGCCUAAGUACCGGUGUUACAGAAAAUAGACCUGUGUCAAUAAUGUCAAGUUCUGUCAAAGGAGAGAAACUAAAGAACAUUAUGAUCUUUUUUUUUUAUCGUUAGCUUACAUUUGUAUAUGCCCACAUAGAAAUGUGGUUGUAUAUUGCUGUCGCCCCUGUCUGUCGUCCGCACUUUCUUGUGAACACUUUACAGACUAUAUUUAUCAUCUGAUUGUUUUGAAAUUGAUAUAUUAUGUUGUUUACAUUACUGAGAUGUAGCCUAUUCAGUUUUAAUAAUUUCCUUUAAUUUCUUCUGGAGUUAUGGCCCUGGUUAUUGCACAUUAUGAACACUGUAAUGCAUUUAUAUACAUCCUUUGAAUUAGUGAAAUGAAGAAUCCUAUUGAACUUCAGCAAUUUCCAUUUAUUACAUCUAGCGUUAUGGCCCUUGUUUCACUUGUCUAACGACAAAAGUUAUCAUCCGAUAACUUUGAAAUUUACAUGCAUUAUUCAAAUUAGUGAAAGAAAGAAGCCUAAUUGAAUUUCAACAAUUUCCAUUAAUUACGUCUUGAGUUAUGGCCCUUAUUUCGCUUUGUUAAACAUUGUGAAUGCUCUAAUGACAAAAGUUAUCAUUGGAUCAUUAUGAAAUUUAUAUGCUUUAUUUGAAUUAGUGACACUAAAAAGUCUAUUGAAUCUGUCAAUUGCUUUUAGAGGUAUGGUCCGUUUUUCACUUUGUGUUGAACCAUGUGAAUACUCCAAUGACAAUAAGUUAUCAUCCAAUCUGUAUAAAAUUUAUAUGCAUCAUUUGAGUUAGUGAAAUGUAGGGUCUAUUGAAUUUCAGCAAUUUCAGUCAGUUGUUUCUAAAGUUAUGGCCCUUGUUUUACUUUGUUGAACAUUGUGACAUUGUGAACGCCCAAACGACAAAAGUAAUCAUCUGAUCUGUAUGAAAUUUAUAUGCAUUAUUUAAAUUAGUGAAACAAAAAAGGCUGUUAAAUUCCAGAGUUGUUUCAGUUUGUAGCACUUUUUGAACCUUCAAAGGAUGAAAACUAUAAACUGAUCUGUAUGAAAUUGUCUUACAAAUUCACUCCCAUUACCUAUAACCCUUGUUUCUCAGACGAUUUAGCUGCUGUUAGUGUAUGUUUUCGUUGCCUGGCAAUCUAUCUUAAAAAUAUGAAAUAUGACCAGCUCUGGCCCCAUGUUUGAGAUACAGCAAGAAAAAUGGAAUAAAUUUGAUUUUAACAAUUUAGAACUUCCAUCAUAUAUUCUUAGUUUGUCUUCAAAUAAAUGACCUUAUUUUUAAUUUUUGCAAGCUCAAAGGUCCAAAUUGAACAGGUAUGCAUGAAAUUUGUUGGUUUUAGUUGCUAUGGAGUCAGAUUUUAUUUUAGUAAUUUAUUUUCAAUGGCCUUCCCCCCCCCCCCCCCCUUAAAAUUGGUGUUAAAGGAACUAAAUCGCUAAUAUUUGGGACCUAGAAAUUGACACAAAUGGGUCGCAAUCCAUAUAAUAAUGUAAUAUAAAUGUGUAUAAACUGAUUUACAUUCAUGAAUAUGGCGUCACGGUUUGACAUGACUUGUGGAACAUCUCUAGCCUUGUUCUUCGAGUCUCCUGUUACAAAUGGUGCUAAAACACCAAUGGUAAAAUGUUUAUUUUGUCUGAAAUAUUGGAUAUCAGAAGCCCAUCUUUUCUCGGUAAGAUCAUAACAUCAAUGUUGAUUUAAAUUGACAAAUAAUUUGUGUUUUCAAUGUCAAAGACUUUGGAUGAUAUUGAGUUAGAGACUUAGCUACUUUAAUAUGUGUACCAGCUUCUCGCUAAAUAUGUUGGCUAUUUUUCUAAGAUAAAUGCAUGAGUCACAUUUCAGUUUAAAGGUUUUUGAAUACAAAAUUUCCAUUGAUACAUAGUUGUGUUUUGAAUGUUGGAUCAUGUCUCAUUCACCCAGGGCCAGUCACAUAUACUCUUCUAUUUGCUCUAUUCACUAUAGCUGUAGAGUCACACUUUCACUAUAACCACACUUUAUGUAUACAUAUGAUAAUAUGUAUCCAUUGAUACAUAGUUGUGUUUUGAAUGUUGGAUCAUGUCUCAUUCAGCCAGGGUGAGUCACAUAUACUCUUCUAUUUACUCUAUUCACUGUAACUGUAAAGUCACACUUUCACUAUAACCACACUUUAUGUAUACAUAUAUCAUAGAUAAAACAAUAAAAAAACAAAAUUAUUCUAAUAGUGCUAGAAUCAGAGUUAAGUCUAUGUACAAUUAAAGCAAAUAUGUCGGACACUUAGAGUGGGUGCUAAAUUGCAUCAAUGGCAUGAGGUAAUAACUGGAAAUACACAGUACAAUUACUGUUUAUUUACCGUUUGAUUUUUCAUCUACUUGCUCAGUAAUAAACAGUAAUUGUACUCCAUAGAAUUGUGUAUACAUUUGUACAAUAGAAUUGGAAUAGAAUUUUCUUAUUCAGUUUAUGCACAUCAACUGUUACACCUCCAUAAGUGUGUCCAAUCCAUGUUUUUUCUAUAAUUACUGCUUAAUAACGAAAAGUGGUGUCAAUGUUUUUAUUUACUGGUUAUAUUUAAAAUUAAGAAUAUGGAAAAUAUCUGUACAUUUAUCAAAUUAAAGAUACAUUAAGGGAGAUUUGAUAACAAGUUGACAGUUCUCACUAUAAUAGUUGAAAACUAGAUAAUUUAAAGGCAAUUUGCUGAAAAUUUCAUUCAAAUUGAUCCACUAUGAACCGAGAACUAAGUGGUUGAAAUUUCCGCCUAGCCUGGAUCAUUAGUUAAAGUCAGUAGAUAAACAGUAUAGUCUCGAUUAUCCAUUUAAUUGUUAAAUCGUGAAGGAAAGUUAUGCAGUAAAUCGGCUCAUAAUCCACUAAAGAUCGCAGGCUAGCAAUGCCAUCUAGAGUUAAUUAUGGUCUGGAUAGGUUAAUUAAUGUAUGUUUAAGAAAUAGGAGCAUAUCUGUUGUUUAAUAAAGAAUGAGGAAAUUUAUCUGUUUGUAGACUGACUUAUGAACUAAAGUACUGAAAACUGUAUCAAGCAUCAGGAAAAUUACUGUACAUGUAUCUGAAUAAUUACAAUGUAUCUGGAAAAUUACAAUAUAUAAUAAUAUUAGUUAGUAAUUACUCAAUUUCAAUUAGUAGUUUCUUAAUAUUAAUCAGUAUAAAUGACUCACUAUUGAUUAGUAACGACUUUAAUAUUAAUCAGGAAUAACAUCCAUAUUAAUUAGUAGUUACUUAAAAUUAGUAAUUACAUAGGGAAGUAAAUUGCACCCCUUAUUAACUUAUAUUCAUUAGUAAUUAUAUAUACUGGCAAUUAAUGUUGUAUACUAUGUUAUUGUAGAGAUUUAUACAAUCAAUCAUAAUAUAUUCUAUUGUUUUUUUUAAAAAAAUAAAUAUAUUCCAGAUUCAUCUUAA